GGAUUAGCUACCGCCCGUACCGGCAGCUCCAGCAAGAGUGCCACUCACACACACGUCACACUGCGUAGUGCGCAAGGCUCCGACUUUGAUGCGCGUACCCGCCACGGUCCAUGGCCUCCGCCGUCGCCAGUAACCUCCCCGUCGCCACGCCAGCCGCCGUGCCGGUGCCUUACGGGAGGCUCAGCCCGCGCGUGUCAAUCAGCCGCGACGCGCCCGCCGACCUGGUGGAUCCCGUCGCCAUGGCAGUGGCCACGCCGGAGCCCGCGAUCUCCAAGGACUUCAUUGACUUCGAGUUCAGCCUCGGCAGCUCCGCCACCAUGCUCCCCGCCGACGAGCUGUUCGCCGACGGCAAGCUGCUACCGCUGAGAAAGGCGGCGACUCUGCCGGAUCCGGAGGCCGCCGCGCCACCCCCGGCGCAGCCAGAGGAGGCAAUGCCGGCGACCAGCACGGAGCCGAUCAAGCCUCUCCGCGCCGCGGCGGCUGACGGCACAGACCCCUACGCGUUCUCGCCCAAGGCGCCCAGCUGCUCCAGCCGCUGGCGCGAGCUGCUCGGGCUCAGGAGAGCGUCGGCCGCGCGGAGCCCGAGCACCAAGGCCUCGGCGUCGGCGUCGCCCGCGGCGGCCAAGACCCCGGCAUCCGCGGCGAGGGCGACGAACUCCGCGGCGGCAAGGUCGCUCAAGCUCCUACUCCAGCGGAACGCCGGGCGCGCAUCGGGCGCCGCGGCGUCGGACCACGCGUCGGCGCCGCUCCUCCGCGACAGCUCCGACUCGGAGGGGUCGCUGUCGCUGGCGUCCUCCCGCUUCUCGCUUUCCUCGUCGUCGUCCUCCUCCGGGCACGACCACGACGACGUGCCCCGCCUCUCGCUCGACUCCGCCGCCGACCCCCACCCGCCUCGCAUCCGCCUGGUCCGCUCCUCCCACUCCAACUCCCACCACCGCCACCCCACCUCGUCCUCCACCCGCGCCGGGCGCAGCCCCGCGCGACGCCGGCCCUCGCCGCCGCCGCCGCCGCGCUGCCUCUCCGUGGACUCCCCGCGCAUGAACUCGUCGGGCAAGAUCGUGUUCCAGGGGCUGGAACGCAGCUCCAGCUCACCCUGCAGCUUCCACGCGGCGUCCAAGUCGCGGUCCCGGACGGUGGACCGUUCCUACUCGUCCGGCGUCCGCGUGGCGCCCGUGGUGCUGAACGUGCCCGUGUGCUCGGGCCCCGUGUUCGGCUUCUUCAAGGACAAGAAGGACUCCGGCGCGGCCAAGGACGCCGCCUCGGCGGCGUUGGCCGCGAGGUGCAGGUCGUCGCUGGGGCGGAAGGCGGCGCAAGGGUGGAGUGGCGAGCUGGCGAGAUCCUCCGGCUGAUUUGACGACCCCGUUUGACUUGACCGGGCAGCCCGCGACCUCGUGUUUGUCUCGUUUGCAUGCAGAACGGCUGUUGCCAUCGACCGUCAUGAAUCAUGAUGAGAGGAUAGCUUUGGCUGCUCGUUGGUUUAACUGAUUUUGUUUCUUUCUUUGGAGACGACGGCGGCGAUGGGGUGGUUGUCUAAUCGAUUGACUGUUUUUUUCUUUUUUUUUCUGCUUCAUUUUCACUCGACUGUAAAUUCGAGUUUUGUACUACUACCGCUCUUCUGAUUUGGUUGAAUGCGAAUUGAAAAUGGUGGUAAAUCUUCUG